AUGGUUACUAGUCCUACCUUCCAAAAUACCCAGAGUAUUGUUUCAGAAAAUAUCGUCACAUCCAUGUGCCGUGCCGUGAUUGUACAUUACUUGGAAGGCAAUUAUCCUAACCGUUGGUUGGUUGAACGGGUGAGCUCUCAACCUGAACCCCUCGACACUGUCGGCCCGGAUACCUCCCAAGCAUAUAUGACCGAUUUGACGUGGAAAACAAAGGCUGAGGUCAAGGAAUGGAUUGUUUCCAAGGCAAAAGAGAAUAUGUGCGUAAUUGUUCAAAGCAAACACGUUGAUUGUAAGCAAAUGGAGAUGGUAUGCGAGAGAGCGGGGGAUAAGGAAGAAAGUCACAAAGGGAAGAACUACAAGUAUGUGAAGAAGACGACGAGGGUCUACAAAACUUCGUCGAAGAAGAUAAAAUGCCCCUUCAGGAUUGUUUUCAAAAGGCAUCCCGAAACUCUACUAUGGUGGAUGUAUAGUAUUCCGUAUGGUCGUCACAACCAUCCUCCACAUAGUACUCUUUUAGGGCACCCAGCAUAUGCCCGAUUGAAACCACAUCAAAUGGAAAAGGUUCGGCAGAUGAAGCGAUGUAGGCCCCUUAAGAUUCUAAAUGCAAUAAAGGCGGAAGAUAAGUCAAACUUGUCUAUUCUUUCCACAAUCUACGCUGCCAAAGCAACGAUCAAGAGAACUGAAUGGGAUGGUAGAUUAAUUAUGCAACAAUCAGAGUGGUUGGCAGAAAAACAUAACUAUGCCAUGCAAACAAGGGUCGGUCCGGGCGACAAAGUGACUCAUAUUUUUCUUGCCCAUCCUAGGAUGAUGGAUUUUGCACAGUGCUUUUACCAGGUCUUGUUCAUAGAUUGCACCUAUAAAACCAACAAGUAUAACAUUUUGUUGUUGAACGUGGCUAGUCAUACUUCGGAUAAGCAAUCAUUCACCGUGGCAUGGUGCUUUAUGGAAAAGGAAGAAAUAGAAGACUAUGUUUGGGCUUUGGAACAAGUUAGGUUGAUUUACCGUGGCGAAGAGACACCGCAGGUUAUAUUUACGGAUAGGGAUUUUGCAGUCAUGAGUGCCAUUCGUCAAAUCAAACCUGCAAAGGGUAAUCAACGUUCCAAGGAGGAAGACAAGCGUCUUAGUAAACUUUCAAAAAAAGAGAUAGCGGAAGAGAAAAAGAAAGCCAAGGAAAAAUUUGAUGAAGAGGGGGAUGUGGUCGACUAUUGCCAAGAUACCUGGUUGAAUCCUUGGAAGGAGAAGUUUGUUCAUGCAUGGACCAAUAAGUACAAACACUACCAAAAUGAGUCCACCAGUAUCGCAGAGCAGUCCCAUGGACGUUUGAAGAAAAUUCUUCGAGAAAACACUGGUGGGGUAGUUACUGUACAGGAAGUUAUUCAUGAGCACGCCCAGGAUGAUCUUAGCAAGAUAGUGACUCAGAUGGAGUAUAGUAAGGACCGUUUUCUGAAGCAAUACCUGGAAGACAAACAAAUACUACGCGGGGUUUCGCACCAAGUGUCAUGGUGGGAAAUAAAGCAUAUGAUGGCUGAACUUCACAUAUUUCGAGCAAAAGAUUCAAGUGGAAAAGUGAUAAAAUGUAAUUGUACAACUGAGACGUGGCUUGGCCUCCCGUGUAGACAUAAGCUUGGUGGUUACAAGUCGCUCAUUCCUAUUGAAGAUAUCGAUCCUUUUUGGAAGCAACUUUCAUUCACCCCUAAUCCCACAGGAGCCGCUGAUGAAAAAUUUGGAGACCUUGAGAUUGGAAAGUAUAUCAGUGAGAAAUAUCAAAAAGCGCAUUGUGCAGGAAGACAGAUAUUGGUUUCUAAAUUGUGGCCGGCUGCCCGUAAGAGCUUGGGAGUAGAAGAAGAGCCAAUCAAACAAAAACCACCGGGCAGACCAACAACAAAAAAAUCAUUUAGAGAAACCGUGAAGGCGGCCAAGAGUGGCAAAAGUGACCCGUCACAAAAGCAUUUGGUCAGUACCCAGAAAAGCCAAACUAGCGGAAUGGUGACCAUAAGCGGAAUUAAGGUAAAUCCGCACACCCCUAGAGAUUCUCAAGGAAGACCACAUCGUUUUACUUAUACUUUGUAUAAAGAGUACACCGAUCAACUUCCUCACGUCAUCUUGGAUCACCUUAUAUCCACCGACGACGUUGACGGCGAUGAAAAUUGUGGUUAG